AUGAGCCGCGCCGGGAGCUGGGACAUGGACGGGCUGCGGGCGGACGGCGGGGCCGCCGGGGCGGCCCCGGCCUCCUCCUCCUCCUCCUCCGUGGCGGCAGCGGCGCCGGGCCAGUGUCGCGGCUUCCUCUCGGCGCCAGUGUUCGCCGGGACACACUCCGGACGCGCGGCAGCGGCGGCAGCGGCGGCGGCAGCGGCGGCGGCGGCGGCGGCGGCCUCGGGCUUCGCGUACCCGGGGACCUCUGAGCGCGCGGGUUCCGCCUCGUCGUCGUCAUCUUCGGCUGUGGUCGCGGCGCGCCCGGAGGUUGCCUCCGCCAAAGAGUGCCCGGCGCCCGGCGCGGCCGCUGCAGCGCCCCCGGGCGCCCCGGCCCUGGGCUACGGCUACCACUUCGGUAACGGCUACUAUAGCUGCCGCAUGUCGCACGGCGUGGGCUUACAGCAGAAUGCUCUCAAGUCGUCGCCGCACGCCUCGCUGGGAGGCUUCCCGGUGGAGAAGUACAUGGACGUGUCGGGCCUGGCAAGCAGCAGCGUACCGGCCAACGAGGUGCCCGCGCGAGCCAAGGAGGUGUCCUUCUACCAGGGCUACACGAGCCCCUACCAGCAUGUGCCCGGCUAUAUCGACAUGGUGUCUACCUUCGGCUCCGGGGAGCCUCGGCACGAGGCGUACAUCUCCAUGGAGGGCUACCAGUCCUGGACGCUGGCCAACGGGUGGAACAGCCAGGUGUACUGCGCCAAGGACCAGCCACAGGGCUCCCACUUUUGGAAAUCAUCCUUCCCAGGGGAUGUGGCUCUAAAUCAGCCAGACAUGUGUGUCUACCGUCGGGGGAGGAAGAAGAGGGUGCCCUACACCAAACUGCAGCUCAAAGAACUGGAGAACGAGUAUGCCAUUAACAAGUUCAUUAACAAGGACAAGCGGCGGCGGAUCUCGGCUGCCACGAACCUAUCCGAGAGACAAGUGACCAUUUGGUUUCAGAACCGAAGAGUGAAAGACAAGAAAAUCGUCUCCAAGCUCAAAGAUACUGUCUCCUGAUGUGGGCCAGAUUGGCCACAGAGAGUUUAAAUGCUUCCACUUGCCUCCAAAAGACCUUUGGAAAGACUUGAAUAUGUAUUUAAUUCCCCCAUUCCCCUGCCAGUAAUGGCAAAUUUUGUGAAUUGUUUUUCUCUCUUCCCUUAUCUGGCUCUAAAACCUCUUGCUGCCCAACCUGACUUCAUAGUUCUGUUUCUUACUUGUUUAUUUU